AUGUCAGAUUCUGAUCCAGGUUCUUCGGAGGAGCAGAAAGAAUUAUUGUGGGAACUGGAUGAUGGUGAAUACUUAGUCGAGUCAAUCCGAGCCAGGAACAAUAUUUUUGUGCCUAAAAACACUCCCAUUUUCACUUACAAGAAGGUAUCAGAUGCCAAAUCGAAGAAGAGUUUUAAAUCUCCAUCUGCUGGUAUCAUCAGAAUAAACCAAGAAAUCUUGAAGAAUGGGGCCAAGUUGGAAAAAGGAUCUCUUCUGGGAUGGAUUGGUGGAGAAUGUCCGCAUGAAAUGGUAUUGGCUGGAAGUUGUGUCACUUGUCAUAUCUUGGUUAAGAGGUAGGUUCCGUUUAUUGAAUGUUCUUAUCUUUAGGAAACACGAUGAAAGUGAAGGUUAUGUAUCAAUGAUUCAUAACAAGCCAGGCUUGAUGGUCAGCAAGAAGGUAACAAUGUUAAGUUAUGUUAAAUAUAGUUUAGAAAGCGACUGAAAUUGGUGUGGAGUCUCGACAGAAUCUCCUUAAAGCCAGGAAAUUAAUUCUGAUGGUAGAUCUCGAUCAAACUGUUAUUCAUACGACAAAUAAAGCUCCGACUCAAGAAGAAAUGAUGUCUGUAAGUAAACAUUGCUUUUUUAAUUUUGUUUAGAAUAUUCACAGUUAUGUUCUACAAGGUUUCCAAUAUCAUACCAAAAUACGUCCACAUGUUGAAGAAUUUUUAACCGAAAUGAGCAGAAAAUUCGAAUUACAUGUCUGCACCUACGGAAAACGAGAGUAUGCCGAAAAAAUCGUUAGCAUCCUGGAUUCGGAGAAAAAAUACUUCGCGGAGAGAGUGCUUACCCGGGAUGAGUUGAGAAGUCAGCAUGAUAAAAGAUCCAAUCUGAGCUCGUUGUUCCCAGCGGGAGAAGAGAUGGUCCUCAUGGUGGACGACCGGUGCGAUGUAUGGGGUUUCUCAGAUUCUUUGAUUUGGGUGGGUAUUAUGUUGUAUUUGUAUAUGUCUUUAGGUUAAACCCUAUGUCUUUUUCAAUAAUAUCGGAGAUAUUAACGAUCCCAACCUGAUCAGAAAAAAGGCGGAAUUUGAGAACAAGAUGGAGGAAACACAAAAACAAGAGGCAUCAGAGCUGCUGAAUGAAAAAGAGAUGGUGGAUGAAACAAUGGAAGGUAAUGAGCCAACAGAAAGUCAAAACGAAGAAGAAGAAGAAAAUGAGGAUAUGACAAAUGGUAGAAAAAAUGUAGACGAAGUGGAGCAUGAUGAUGCAGAAGAGAAGGAAGAUGAUGAAGGUAUUUCUCAAGAUUCGACCACACCGCCACCUUGUCAAAUUCCGGAUGGCAGUGACGAUCCGACUCUCAAAAGCAUCUCCGAAGUCCUAAGUCGAAUCCAUUCGAGCUUCUUUCAACAUUACGAUAAGACCGGAAAUGUAGGAUAUGGAAUUGUAAAUACUUCAAAUUUCAGAUUGCACAUGUUCGGGACAUUGCAAAGUCGAUCAGACUCUCGGUUCUGAAAGAUGAAAUCAUUGUUUUCUCGGGGCUUCCAAAAUACGGAGAUCUCAGGAAACAUCAGCUCGUUAGUUGUGUGGAGGCAUUCGGAGCUGUAGUGGAUGAAGAUGUAACCGAAAGUACAACAGUUCUGGUGGCUUUGAAAGCACGAACAUCGUGGGUUACACAAGAUUGUGUUUAUAGAUCGCUUCUAGAAAAUACUUCGAUGCCCAUCGACGGAAAAUCCCGAUUGUGAGUCCAAAAUGGAUCGAAGAGUCGGCAGCUCAUUGGAAGAACAUGGAGAAGAGCGAAUUCACUGAUCCAGAAUCCCUCAAACCGUUGGCACACUGUGGAUUGCCUCAAGAGAUUACCGAGAAAGCAGAGAUCACCACUUUGGGAAGGAAAGACAUUCUGGGAAUGGAGGAAGAAGUAAAUCAAUUCUUGGAGGAUAUUGACGAUGAAUCUGACGGUAAUGAAGAGACUGAAGGAACAGAGGACAGUCUGAGGAAGAGACGGGCGUCCGAUUCUGAGUGUGACAAUCCAAACAAAGUGAUGAGAAUGGAACAAGAAGAUGGAAAUGAAGAGUCGGUGACGGAAGAGGUGUUCGGAGAAGAGGAUUCUGAUUCCGGAGACGGAAUGGCCGCUGAUCUCGAAAAUCUACUAAACAACUAA